AAGUGUUUGAAAUUAUACUGUUUCAUGAUUUCUGCUUAAGUAUAGGUUUAAAUAUUAUUAAACAGACAACUAUUGAUAUCCUAAUCUAUUCGCUAAAAGGAUUUUAUUUCUAAAAUCCUUUUAGUGAAUUUUAGAAAAACUAUCGAAAGUACUCAUUGACUUGCCGUAAAGUCAGACAUUUCAUCUCUAUUUCCUUAUAUUUUAUUUAUUUAGCAUUCCAGGUAAGUUUUCGGGACUUCCACCAGGACAGAGGAUAGGAAUUAGCAGAGUUAUAUAGAGCGAUAUAUAUAAACUAACGACUCUUUAAAUCGAGCAUCAACAUUUUAUUUAACGAUGCCAUUGUCAUUCUUCACUAAAAGUUUUGUUUCUAAGAAUACAGCGAAGGCUGACAAUGGGAUAAAGUCAUCUCGACGGAAAAGGCGCUUAAUCUCCAGAUCUCAGAGCAAUAUCACCCCCUCCGACAUUCAAAGUUGGCUGUCAAAUAUUGAACCAACAAUUCCAAGUCAAGGAUAUUUCCAGAACACUGAUGAUAAAUCAUAUCCUUUUUCAAGGGUCAAAUUCAAGCAGUCACUGGCCCAGAUGACUUUAGACCAGUUACGACACCAUGAUGAAGCUCAAAAAGAAGCUGAAGAUUUACUGAAUGACUGGGUCCAGAAAAGCCUUUAUGACUCUAAUUUGGCUGACAAGGACAACCUAUAUGUCAUAGAUAAUAAGGAACUGGAAGAGGUACCAUGUAAAGAUUACUUGGACAUUUACGAAACAGACUCACGUUUGGAUUUCAAUGAAGAUGAAGCACUGGAAACUGUGUUGCAAAACAUGCUUAAGAAAGAGUUGGUCCCUAAAAGGAUUUUCUCUAAUUUAGGAUUAGAUAAUUCAAAACAACAACAUGACCCUUCUGUGAAAAUGGAACUGAGGCGGCAACAGGUGAAAGAAAAUCGUUUGAAGCGAGAAAAUGACAUUAAUCAAAAAAGACAAGAGCAGCAGAUGAAAAAAGAAGCUCACUUGAAAGCUUACCAAAGAAUUAUGAAGGAAGAGAGAUUAAAAGCAAUAAAGCACCAACAAGAAGAGCGAGAGAUUCAAAAACAGAUGGCAGCUAUACGAAGACAGAUGCUGGCAGAGAAAAAGGAACAGAAAGGAAAGAAACAAGAACAAAUCCAACUUACCAAUGAUUGUCCUCAGCAACCAGCAACUGAAAUAACCCCACAUAAGAAUUUCUCCAGCAUUGAACAAUGCACCACAAUGGCUAAGACAGAACAAAAAAUGGCCAAGUAUGAAGCUUUGAAAGUCAAACAGAAAGCUAUCAACAUACAGAUUUUACAACGACAUUUUAUGGCUUGGACAAGUGUCAUAUUACAGAAAAGGGUGAGAUAUGGAAAGGUUUCUGCUCUGGCUGACUGGAAGUUAUUGCUACGUCAUUGGAAUGCAUGGAAAUCCUUGUCAAUGCAGAAUAAAAUGGAGAAAGAAUUGCAAGUUCACCAACAGAACAUGAGAGAAUGUCAAAGAAAAGACAAAAUGGCAGGUGAGCACUACAUCACAAAGUUGAUGAAGAAGUGCUUCUGGACAUGGCAACUAUACCUUCACAGAGAAAAAGAAUGCCAGCGUUUAAAACUCUCUCAGAAAGAAACCAAAGUCAAAAUGGAGAAACUCUUAAUUGCUGCUGCUUCAGGAAAAAUAAAUGUGGUCAAUUCUUUGAGCAAUUCUGAGACCAAAUCUAAAAAUUUAACCAAGAAGAAGCCAGACAUUGAGAAAUGCAUUAAACAAGUGAAAAUUUCAAGUGUUCCAUGCAAUUCUGAUGGUAGUAUUAUUGGGUGUUCACAAUUGUCAAGUGUACCAUGGAAAGCUUCAAGAAAGCUGCUGGACAUGGAAACUCCUCAAUUUUGUCAGCUUGUUGCAGGAACAAAUACUGAAACCUAUUCUUCAGAUCAGAAACAGACAACUUCUCGACCCCUGUCAGCACCAAAUAAGUUCCAGAUGCACUCAAUAGAAAGGAAAUUGGAAUUCCAAAAGAAUUUCAUGAAAGAACAACAAAAGCAGUUAAAAGAACAGAAACGAUUAAUUGAAGAAUUGCAAAGCAAUCAACGCUGUGAAAAGUUGAAGAAUGAAAUCUCAAUGAAAACGAAGACUAAUCAAGGAGUUAAUAUUAAUCCAUUGUCAUCAAUUAAAUCUGGAGGUGUGAAACAGCAGAUUCUGAACCAAACAUCAAAACAUUCUUCAGCAGAGAGUUGCUCUCCAGAGUCUCAAGUAGAAUCUCAAACAGAUUCACGGGCAGAAUCUCGGACAGACUCAUGGAUUGAAUCCCGAAUGGAAUUUUAUGCAGAAUCUCAUAUAGAGUCUAAUACAGAAAUUCAGACAGAAUCUGAAAUAGACUCUCAAACAGACUCUCGAAUAGGAUCUCGAAUCGGAUCUCAGACAGAAUCUCGAGCAGACUCUCGGACAGACGCUCGGACAGGCUCUCGCACUGAGUCAUAUGAUGAGUCUUGUCCUUCAUCUUCUACCAGAACUUCAUCUCAAAAUCGAUCUCAAAGACACCAAACAUUCGUGAGAAAUCUGGAGAAUCGUGCCAAUGAGAGAAAGCACUUAAAGAUGGAAAGGGAAGCUCGGAAGAGAAGAGAAAUGGAAGAAAAAUUGAUGAUGGAGAAAAAAUGUAUAGAGGAGUGUAUCAAGGCAGAAAAAGAUGAGAGGAGAGCUCGCGUGAAAGCAAUUGAACAGCAGAAACAUUUAGAGGAACAGAGAAAAGCUGAGCAAGAACAGAGAAUGAAAGAGUUGGAAGAAUUAAACUCAAAAGCUGAUGAUUUCUAUAGACUAUAUUUGUUGAAAAUAUAUGGAGUUUUACCUUGGAAGGAGUUUAUAGCCAAGAUACAUAACACUGAAUCUAAAGCUAUUGAAAUGGACAAAUGUAGAAUUCAGAAAAACGUUUUAAUGAGCUGGCACAACCAUGUCCAAAAAUUAAUCAAUGAGAAAACCAACUCUGCUGACAUCUUCUAUGAAAAAGCGUUAGUCAGGCGUCACUUCAUCUGUUGGAAGAAUCAUAAGAAUUACCAACUUGCCUUAGAGAAGAAAGCGAAAAAGUAUUUUGCAAGCAAUCUCUGCCGUACAGUCUUCAAUGCUUGGGUGACUUAUGCAAAUGAACAAACUAUUGCAUCAUGGGAACAAGAAGAAAUUGCCCAAAAGUUUUAUCUCACACAUCUACUUCAGAAAAUGCUGAAUUCUUGGAAACUUUUACCUGAUAUUCAAAGAAAGGAACAGGAGCGUCAUCAAAGAAAAAAUGAACUACGCCACAAAGUGGCAAUGCUUCUGCCAGACUUCUAUGCUAGUAUUGACAGUCAAGUGGAAUAACAUGGAGAACUUGUGUGUAUGUGACGGGCAGAUGUAAAAAUAUCAUCAUUUUCAUUUAAAAAGGUAAAAAGGUUUUGUCAUGUACAUUUUCCCAGCCACUGAAAAUUUAUGAAAGAAGUCCAGAAGUAUAGAAUAGUGGAUCAUAGUUAUUUGCCUCUGAUCAGAGCUUCUCAGGGGACAUGAUGAUAAUGAUGAUGAUAGUGAUGCUGACAAAAACAAUGGCAAUUAUGAUGAUGGUCAUGACUGCAAUGGCAAUAGUGAUGACAACAAUGAUAAUGAUGACGGUAGUGAUACUGCAGCUGAUGAUAACAAUGAUGAGGAUACAUGUACACGCAUGUGUACAUGCAUGUGUACACACAUGCACAAAGCAAUUCAGGAAAGCUGAGUUUGCUUCUUUGUUUUUUUUUGUAAUUUCAUUUGAGAUAAAUAGACAUUGGCUGUAAAUUGGAAUAAAUCUGUUCCAUUUCUUGUUUACCAAGUCUAUAGAAUCAUACAGCACUGUUAAAAUAUACAUACAUAUCUUUAUGCAACCAAAAAUAAAAAAUCAACCAACAGAAAUCAUUGCGAAAGUAUCAACUGAAGAAUUUUCAUUCAAUGGUGGUGCCCCAGCAUGACCACAGGUCACAGGCUGAAAGUGGUGAAAGAGUAAAAUAAUAAUUCCAGCUUAUAGUAAGGAUGGAAAAAAAAUAUUUCCUGACAUUCAAGAAAUAUUUACUUUGUAUGUUCUUAAUUUUAAUACUGAAAUAAACGAAGCAUUAAUUUAUUGAAACUC